GUUAGCUCAUGGUGCUAUCACUCCAGACAUCCCUUCGAUUCUUAAGGUGCGUGUGCAUAAGAUGUACAUUGCAGCUGAAAGGUCUCGCCUUUCGCGUCCCAACCCGCUAGUGGUAGUUCUACAACGGAGGACUUUCCACCUUCCAAGGCGCGUUUUUCACACAGUUUGUGGCCAUAUCUUUCGAGGGCACCUUCUCGUUGCACAAUUCAUUCCUCACCUUCGGCAACUCCAGGAACUUGUUUCGGUCUUUCUCAUAUGCUACCUCUCCCAAAUUUGUUCCCAUUAUAAUUUUGCAUACGGGAAAGUACUGCUUAGCGGUGCAAUACGGUCAUCACUUUUUCAACCUUGGCGAGCUUUCACCGUAGUCAAAGCUAUGCGAGCCCUCAGCCGUUCCCGCCGAUGCAACGCCUACUACCAACUUUUAUCAUUUGUUUUUCUGACGUUCGUUUCACUUGACGCUCCACUUGACUUGGCGAGUUUCGUUGCCGUCGUCGGUAAAUCCAUGCCGCAGACUAACAAUCGCCAAACUAUAUAAGUCAGGACGCUAAGGAGACACUGGAGCAACUCUUAAAUACUGGUACAUCUGAUGGCAAGUUCGCUGAAUGUUUCCUGAAAAGCCGGUCCAAUCU